CUCUGUGAAAUUACACUCGCGAAGAAGAAAUGUCAACAAAACGGCGGGGUGGUGGUUGGUAGCAUGGAUGUAUAUAUGUCCGGUUGGUAGUGGCGAGGCGUUUUGUUGUUAUGUUUGUGAGUCGGUUUGACGGCCAGUCUCUGCUGCUGGUCCAGUCUCUCCUGUGUGGACCCUCCGGUGCUCACAAAGCUCUGGGAGUCUUCCACCGGCAGCAGCGAGCCAACCCCGACAUGUCCCUCACUAACUUCAUAGAAACUCUGUGCCAGGACGAGAUAACCUGUCCACUCACUGAAGACAAGCCGCCAACCGUUAAGCCCCUGGUGUGCCUGUUCCCAACAUUAUUCAAACAAAACCUGCUCUCCUUCAUCUACCUGGUCCCCUCGGUUCUUCCUCAGACCGCUGUCCUCCAUCUUCUCAAAUGCCUCGGCCAGGAUCCUCAUCCAAGCCCCUGGGUUACCGCUCUGGUUAAACAGAUAGAAAGAACCCUGGGGGCCAACAACGAGGGCCCUCUGUACACACCACUAAGCAGCCAGAGACUCAAGGAGCUGUCACAGCGUUUGGUUGGUUCUGGUGAGACUGGAGGAUGGGCCAAGUGCUUCAGCGGUCAAACGGUAGAAUCUGAUUCUCAGAGGGCAUCUGGUUCAUCGGAGCUGGGGACACAACGGAAAAGAAAGGGCAGCUUUGUCACUCUGGACUCAGAUGGCGAGGAAACAGGACAGCAGAGUAAACGGAUAAAGAUGGAUGUCUGUGGUGGUGAAUGUCUCGAUGCUGAAGAACAGAGCGCAAAAGAAGAGAUAUCAGGAGGAGUAGGAAGUGAUGCUCCAGCUGAAGAAGUGCAGCCAGCACUAGACGGUCCAUGUGACGCCCUGCCUGAACACAUAAAGGUCUGUGUUCUUCAAAUAAAAGAAUUACUGGAAAGUCAGACAGAGUGGGACCAGAGCUCAACGGAGAUUUUCAAAGUGCUGAACGACUGUGACCCCGGCCAAGUGGAGGUGUUGUGCAGCAUGCUGAGUUUGCCUGACUUGCCGGAGCAGACUCUGCCUAAACUGUGCAGCAGUAUUUUGGCUCCGUCUCCUGACUUCAGCUACAGCACGGCGGCAACGCUCGUCAAGAGCCUCCUGCUGAAGAAGGUCCUGUCCCUGUCGGAACCGGCCUCCAGAUGUCUAGUCACUGCAGUGACGUCGCUGUGUAGCCGCUAUCCCAGACCGAUGUGCCACGCUCUGAUCGGUCCAGUUCUAGAGGAAAAGAACAUAGGGAAUCCACAGGCUGAGCUGCUGAACAGACUGAUAGAGGGCUGCCUGGAUUCCCAUUACAGACUGCUGGUGCUUCAAAUGACAUUCAAAAUAACGUGGAGUGAGACAGUGCUCUCCAUUAUCCACAGCUUGCUAGACUCCAAGCCCGACUUGAGUGAAGAAGUGUUCACACAGUUCACCGAACAGCUCAUCAGCCAAAGUCCUCAAUUCACAAAGUCUGUGAAGUUUGCAAAAAUGAUGCUAACAGUCCUCACCAAAUAUAACAGCCAUGUGACGGCAGCACACAAACACUCCCUGCACGGCUGCCUGAUGUUAAAUGAAACCUUCCUGAAAAAGUCUCUCCAAGCUGCUUUGAAAAGAAUCACACACACAUGAAGCUCCAUCUGAUCUAAUGCAUGUUAAUAAAACCUUUUGAAUGAGA